AUGUCUUUGAAAUCUGCCAAGAAAUGGCGAUCGAAUUUCUUCGCACGUCGUGGCCCAGGUAUUCCUACGCCAUCCGUAGACUGCACAAAAUUGCCUUCCAGCAACCUGAUCGAACCACAAAUCCUUCCAAACCGUCCUGUCAGUGAUGUCCUAUGGACCUCGAGUGGCCCAGAGCCUCACCAGCCUAUCAACGCAUCCACCGUGCAAGAGACCUUGAACCACUCUUCCAGCAAUCCGACACAGGCGGAUACUCCACCCCUCAUCGUACCCGAAGAACCUCAGCUAACGACGAAACCUACGGGGCAAACCCCAGGUCUUUCCGCAUCCCAAAGACUAUGGAAUGCCGCUUAUGACAGCCUCGAGGAGGACGACGACACUGCCGCUCUCGUCACUUCUUACGUGAAGAUUCUCACAGGAGUUCUCGCCGAAGGGGACACUGGUGUCUCCACUUCGGGCGCUGACGUGAGUAUUGAACUACAUGAGCCGACCAAGCGACAAGCACACAUGAGGAUGCUGGUCGAUGCUGGUCGGAACAAAGUUGCCACAUCAUCUAAGAUUACAAAGAGAGUCGGCGACGUCAUCGAAUACAUUCAAAAGGCGAAGGGAAUGGUCGACAUAGCGAUCCAAAACACUCCACAGGCUGCGCUUCCGUGGGCUGGUGUUUGUAUUGGAUUGCAGAUCCUCUCGAAUCCACCCAUGGCGACAAAGUCCCAACUUAUUGGCAUCGCCCACGUGGUUUCAAGGAUGAACUGGUAUUGCGCGCUGAGUGAGGACCUUUUGGAUAAGGACCACAUCGUAACCAGAAACCGGUCUCUCGAAGCAGUCCUGGAGCAGUUGGAGAAGACGGUCCUCGAGCUAUACAAGGCUCUCCUCCUGUAUCAGAUGAAAAGCGUAUGCUCCUACUACCGGAACCAGGGCGUCGUCUUUCUCCGCGGACUUAUAUCUGUGGACGACUGGGAUGGGGAUCUCAAGAAUGUCAGGGACGCAGAAGCCAUCGUCCAGAACGAUUCAGCUCAAUAUAUCCGAGAACAGACAAAGACUUCCUUAGGGAAGCUUGUUGAACUUGCUGAACGAAUGGAGACACAGCUCAGGGACAUUCAUCAAGACCUCCGAGAUUUCAUCGAUCUGCAAAAAGAGAUGCGUAUGGAUGACAAGAGUACAGAAUGCCUCCGGAGCCUGCGAGUUGUCGAUCCGCAGGAUGACAUAAAGAGGAUUGAAGGGGAGAAGGACGAAUUGUUCGACGAAGCUUACCGGUGGAUCUUUCUCAGGAAAGAGUAUACAGCAUUCACCAAUUGGGACGAACCUGAUUCACCUCGACUGCUCUGGAUUAAAGGCCUCCCUGGCACCGGAAAGACGAUGCUUUUGAUGGGUAUCAUCCGCGAGCUCGAAAGCCAGCUUUCGUUACUAACCCCCAGCCUGGCAUACUUUUUCUGUCAGGGAACAGGGGAUCAGAGCUUGGCCAAGGCAACGGCAGCCUUGAGGUCUCUCAUGUGGCUGCUGCUUCUCCAGCAACCACAGCUCCUCUCACAUUUACUGUCGAGAUACGAGAAAGCAGGUCCUCCUUUUUUCAGCGACCGGAAUGUAUUCCAUGCUCUCUCUAGUGUUUUUAGGAGCAUGCUGAAGGAUCCCCUAUUGUCUCCAACAUAUCUCAUCGUGGAUGCACUUGAUGAGUUCAAUGAGGGAAUGACAGAAUUUAUCGACCUCAUUUCUACUUCUCUCACCCUCUCGAACAAAGUGAGGUGGCUUGUCUCCAGUCGUCCAGACGUCAAGCUUAAGAAUCCAGACACUUCACGGUCCUUAGUCGAGCUGGACCCUAGUGUUCUGGAAGACCCGGUCAAUAAGUAUAUCGAUCAUAAGCUCUCCACCCUUCGUGGAAACGACCGUUACGACGAAGACACCCUGGCCAAUGUUUCAAAUAUACUUCGCCAACGAGCCAUGAAUACUUUUUUAUGGGUUGCCCUGGUGUUUAAAGAACUUGACGCUGAAGCCGAAUGUGACGUUAUCGACGUUAUCGGCAGUAUCCCUCCUGGCUUAUCAAAGCUCUAUGGUCAUAUAAUGACCAGAAUCGAGAGGCAACAGAGAAAAGACCCGGAAUACUGCAAAAAUGCCCUAGUCGCUUCUUCACUCGCACACCGUCCACUUACCCUCGCCGAGCUUAAGGUACUCGCUGAUCUGCCAUCCAAUGUAGACCCACAGAGGAUCGUAAACAAAUGCGGCUCAUUUCUAACAAUCACGGAGCAAACAGUGUCUCUGAUACAUGGAUCGGCAAAAGAUUAUCUCGUCAGGGAAUCUACGAUCUUCCCUAGUGGACAUGCCGACGCCCAUCGUGCAUUGGUGAGAUCGUCGCUCGAAUCCAUGUCAAAGUACCUCCAAAGGGAUAUCUACAAUUUACGGCAUCCGGGUCUCUCCAUUGGUGAAGUCCAGUGUCCGGAUCCAGACCCGCUCGCGCCCAUUCGAUACGCAUGUGUCUACUGGGUCGACCAUAUGUGUCUCAGUGAAAGCGGAUCCGAUAAUGGCAUAGAUGGCCUAAGCUAUGCAGAGUAUUUCACGGACCAAGGACGCGUCCAUCAAUUCCUUCUUCAGCAUCUUCUUCAUUGGUUCGAAGCCCUCAGUCUUCUUGGAGAGAUCGACAAAGGAAUUCUAGGACUAUACAGUCUAGAAGACACACUGGCCAAGUCCCCCUCCCAAAAUAUUCUUCAUCAAAAAGACCUUGUUCAUGAUGCUAUUCGGGUGCUUCGUCAAUCCAGGACAGCAGUGGAAGAGGCACCACUUCAGGUAUAUUGCUCCGCUUUAAUAUUCUCCCCAGAGGAAAGUGUUGUUAGACAAACCUUUAAGCAGGACGUAUUACGGUGGAUUUCUCCAAUUCCAAGUGUAUCAAACAACUGGAAUUUCCACCUGCAGACACUGGAGGGCCACGGAGGCUAUGUCUUUUCAGUAAGGUACUCUCCCGACGGUAAGCAACUGGCCUCGCAGUCUGACGAUGGGACCGUACGGCUCUGGGACACGACGACAGGAAAGUGCCUAUAUACGCUCGAGGGCCACAAUCCAGUAGUGUUCUCGCCUAACGGGCAGCAUCUGGUCUCAGACACUUGGGAUGGUCCCCUACAACUCGUGGAGGCGACUACCGGAGAGUGCUUACAGAUACUCAAGAAUCAUAAACGCGGAGCCUGUUCAGUGGCAUUCUCUCCCGACGGGCGGCAACUGGCCUUGGUUUCUAACGACUACAGAGUGUGGCUCUGGGACAUGACGACGGAGAAGUACCUAUAUACACUCGACGGCUGCAAUUCAGUGGCGUUCUCGCCUAAUGGACAGCAGCUCGCGUCGGACACUUAUGGUCACACCAUACGACUCUGGGAUGCGACAACAAGGGAGUGCCUGCGGACGCUUAAGAGCCGAUGCAUGGUUAGCUUACUAAUAUUCUCUCCUGAUGGGCAGCGACUAAUCUCAGGCUCAUUUCACUCUGUGCAGCUCUGGAACAUAACGACGGGAGAGUGCUUAGAGACGCUCCUUGGAGAAAGAGCUGAAGUUAAUGCACUGGCAUUCUCCCCCGACGGGCAGCAACUGGCCUCGAUCUCGUAUGAAGGCACUGUACACCUCUGGGACGCGAUGACGGGCAAGUAUCUUAAGAGCAUUGAGGGCCAUGGAGGUAUACAUCUGUCAGUGGCGUUCUCCCCUAAUAAACAGCAACUAGUGUCUGGCUCUGGGGAUGGCAUUUUACGGCUUUGGGAUGUAACGAAGGCAGAGUGUCUACUGGCGCUUGAGGGACACAGAGACCCGGUUGAUUCCGUCGCAUUCUCUCCCGAUGGACAGCGGCUAGCUUCCGGCUCCAGAGACUGCACUAUUCGACUCUGGAACGCGACCACCCAGAAACAGACACUUGAGGGUUACGGAGACUCGAUCUCAUCAUUAGCGUUCUCUCCCGAUGGGAUGCGACUGGCCUCAGGCUCUGCUGAUGGCACUGUACGACUCCGGGACGCGACGACGGGGGAGUGCUCACAUACCCUCAAGGGCCAUACGACAUUAGUUUAUUCAGUGGCGUUCUCUUCCGACGGGGGGGUACUGGACUCGAGGUCUGGGCGCGCCAGCGUAAGGAUCUGGGACACGACGAACGGGGAGCUCUUGCUGAUGCCGGACAGCCCAUGGGAGAUUAUAGAGGUGGAGAUGUUGACCAAUCUCGAUCACGAUGGCUCGAAUCUCUUAUCGCGCGAUUCUCCUCAAUGGGGAAGAUAUGGCAUGAGAGACAAGAAUGCAUGGGUUACUCUAGAUGGUCGCAAAGCUCUAUGGCUUCCGCCAGAUUAUCGACCGACGGAACUCGCGAUUAGAGAUGAUCGUGUUGGGAUAGGGUGUAAGUCAGGUCUGGUUUUCAUUCUCAAUUUUGUGCGCAAAUCCUUUGUCCUAUAG